GAGCAUCUGGGCACUCUUCCGCUUUCUAUGUGCUUCUCCCGCCAGGCAAACUUUGGGUCGGCCUCUCCAGACUCUAGACCUACCUAGGCUCAGUCCGGGCAAGCCGGUUUGCGAAUGGGUGCGAAUGGGUGCGAAUGUGCUGCCCAUGGCUCCAUAAAGCCGGCAAUUCACCGCGCGGAUCCGAGCCAUGACCAUGGCCGUGGCCGGGCAGCGGAGGCCACGGCAAGGAAUCAUGCCGUCGCUUCCUGUACGGCGGUGCCAUUGCCGACCAUAUGAUGGAAUAAGUCAUGACCCCUCCCCCUCUCUCCGAGCCCGCAC